AUGGGUCGCUUCUUGAACCUGGCACUUCUUGCCUUUGGUUUCCAGGCAGCAGGCACCUUUGCCCAAGCCGCACCUCAGGAAGUCGUUGAAGAAGUUGAGGACCCCUCCACGAGUCCUGCACUUGCCGUCACGGUCGAAGCAUCCUUCCCCGAUGCAGAGAUCUUCGGCAUCAAGCUGGUCAAUGGCAAGCCCACCGAGGCCGUGCUCUCCUUCCUGAACGAAGAGCCCGAGCCGGUCACAGUGCAAUUCAUCGGUGGCAGCUUGUGGACGCUUGAAUCAACCCCUCGCAUCGUCCGCAACCUGACCACGGCCCAAUAUGCCGUCGAGAUUCCUGCCGGCGAGAAGCAAAGCCUGCCCUACCGCUUCCAGACGAACAUGCACCCGCAAGAUCUGAGACUGAACCUGGCUGCCGUUGUCAAUGCCCAGUCCACUUUCUACACUCUGCAAGCCUACAACGGCACCGUCUCUGUCGUCGAGCCUGAUGCCAGCAUCUUCGAUCCGCAAAUUCUCUUCUUGUACUUCUUCCUCCUAGCAUCUGCUGCCGGCGUUGCCUACUGGUUUUAUACCAUCUGGGUCGCUCCUUACUUCCCGCAGAAAAAACGCCCAAUGAAGAAGACACCGGUCAAGAAGGUCGACGUUGGUGCUGUCCACUCCGACACCGAAGGCCCAGCUGUGUCCACCGGCUCCAAGGCAUACAACGAGGAAUGGAUUCCCAGCCACCAUAUCCAACGUCCGGAAGCCCGCAGAGUUAAGAGCGGUGGAAGGCCCAAGAGCCGCGGCAAGGCUGAAUAG